AUGACCGUCUUUGUUGUUUCCCUAUUCCUCCCGAAUACCAUCAACUUUACUCUCCCUACCUCUACUUCUUCUCGUAGCCGGCCCAGACCUCACGCGCCGAGACGCUCGGCCACCAAGAUCGACAUAUCCGGCAAGCCCAGCCUCUUCACGCCUCAACAACGCGACCUCACACCUCCUCAGACCCCCAUCGCCGACGUAGACCAGGACGAAUUCUUCGCCCAGAGCGACCUCCGUGGCCAUUUCCCCAAGCAAGAAGGCCCUCGCUCUACAAUUGCUCCCAGCGACCCGCACUCUCCAGCAUGGGGUUCCGGACGAAUAUUCACCCAACCUCGAUCAAGAGCCGGCUCUCCUCCGCCCGCAGACAUAUUGAAGCACAAUAAGACUGUGGAGAAGGCAGAAACUCUUGGUAGGGCAGGUAUUCGUCAGCCACUCCCUCUGAGAAGCGACAGCCACGAUCGUGUUUUUGCUCAUGCUGACUGGACUGUUGUCCCAGCAGACCAAGGCAAUGGCGGGCUCCGCAAUGCCGUUCAGGCGGCGGUGAGAAACGACAAGUUGAAUGAUAAGAUCUGGGUGGGGACAUUAGGCAUGCCUACGGACGCACUCGAGGAGACACAACAGAAGCAAGAUAUCGAGGACCGAUUGGCAACCGAACACGAUUGUUUGACGGUGUUUUGCAAAGACGCCGAUUUCAAUGGGCAUUACACUCAUUACUGCAAACAAAUCCUUUGGCCAGUUUUUCAUUAUCAAAUUCCCGAUAAUCCCAAGAGCAAGGCCUACGAGGAUCAUUCUUGGGUCUAUUACGUGAAGGUCAACCAGGCUUUUGCGGAUAAGAUCGUCAAGAACUGGAAGCGUGGAGAUGUCAUCUGGGUCCACGACUACCAUCUACUUCUGGUUCCGUCCAUGGUGCGGAAGAAGCUCCCGGAUGCGAAGAUUGGAUUCUUCCUUCACGUGGCCUUCCCCUCAUCCGAGGUCUUCCGUUGCUUGGCGGUUCGAAAGGAGCUUCUGGAAGGUAUGCUCGGAGCCAAUCUCAUUGGUUUCCAGAUUCAUGAGUAUGCACGCCAUUUUCUUCAGACCUGCAGCAGGCUAUUGUGUGUUGAGGCUACGAAUGAUGGAGUCCAACUGGAGGACCGUUUCGUCGACGUGAUCGAUCUUGCAAUCGGUAUCGACCCUGUUGCCUUGGACAUGAACCGCGACGACCCAAGCGUGGCAGAGUGGAUGCUAACUAUGCAAGACCGAUACAAGGGUAAGAAGUUGAUUGUUGCUCGAGACAAGCUCGAUCACGUUCGAGGCGUUCGACAAAAGCUCCUGGCUUACGAGUUGUUCUUGAACAAGUACCCUGAGUGGCGAGACCGAGUUGUUAUGAUCCAAGUAGCAACUUCCACGACCGAACAGGCCGAACUCGAUGCUACAGUUUCGGACAUCGUCACCAGAGUCAACUCAUCCUGGGCAAAUCUCGCAUAUCAACCCGUGGUCUACCUCAAGCAAGACAUCAGCUAUCCCCAGUACCUGGCAUUGCUCACUGUAGCCGAUGCAUUGAUGAUUACUAGCCAGCGUGAGGGUAUGAACCUGACCUCUCACGAAUAUCUGUUCUGUCAGGACGGCAAGUUCAAGGGUCACAAUAGGAACGGUUCACUGAUUCUGAGCGAGUUCACGGGGUCUGCAUCAGUCUUUGGCGGAAAUGAGCUUUCUGUCAACCCUUGGGACUAUCGCCAGUGCGCCGAUGCGAUCAAGAAAGCUCUGGAGAUGGACGAUGAAGAGAAGAAGAAACGCUGGGAUGCCCUUUACAAGGCCGUUAUGCACCAUACCGCCGAGCAUUGGUUCACCGCUUUUCUCACAAGACUUGAAAAAGUCUAUGCUGAGCAGCAUCGACGCGAUACCACUUCUGUGCCUCGUCUGUCCAUCAACCAGCUCGGUCACCAGUAUCAGAGGUCUGAGAGAAGACUCUUCAUAUUAGAUUAUGAAGGAACUCUUGCUUCUUGGGGUUCACCAAAUGAUAUAAUCCUCACCAGCCCUCAGCGCACUCUUGAUGUCCUGAAUGAUCUCCUCCUCGAUGAUCGCAACACUAUCUACGUUAUGUCUGGCCGCCAACCAGAAGAGCUUGAUCGUCUUUUUAAGCGUGUCCCCAAUCUCGGGCUGAUUGCUGAGAACGGCUGCUUCCUGAAAGAAUUUGGCUCUUCUAAAUGGGCUGAGAUGGCCGACCCCGAGAAGAUGCGUGACUGGAAGGAAUCUGUCGAGGGUAUUAUGGAGUACUACCAUGAGCGUACCCCCGGGUCCUGGAUCGAGCCACGCCACUGCAGCCUUAUCUUCCACUACAAGAACUGUGAAGAUCAAGAAAGUGCAGCUCGCCAGGCCGGUGAUUGCGCCAGUCACAUCAAUGAUGCUUGUGAAGAGCAGAGAGUCAGGGCUAUUCCCAUCGAAGGUGCUGUGAUAGUCGAGCCAAUUGAUUGGUCCAAAGGCACAGCAGCUAUGCAAAUUUUCGAGGGUCUUGAGAGAGGCAUGGCUCCGAAUGUCGAUCAUGUGUCGCCUGUUGACUUCCUCAUGGUUGCUGGCGACGGCCGCGACGACGAAGUUAUCUUCCGCUGGGCAAAUGAGCUUGGUGUUGAUAAGACUGUCAAGUAUGUGACGACUGUGAGUCUUGGAAGCCGGAACACCGAGGCGGGCUGCACGCUCACUCAGGGAGUUACUGGGGUCUUGACCGUUCUUCAGAAGCUUGCAAUGCUUUCUUAA